AUGGCGGUUCUUGGCUUCAAAUUCGUUCGCCAACCCACUCUUCAUCUUCGUUCUACUCCUUUCCAAUACGUUCGUAAGGUUGUGCCAAAAUCCGUCGUUGCGGUUAAAGCAGCAGAGAAAUUCACAAACGAAAAUGGCGGUGGCUCAGUUCAUGAAGAAGGAAUUAAGAAAUCCCCAGAAUGGAAAAGGAUUGGUUCCAAAGAGCUUGGCAUUCAUAAUUCAUCGAUUAGUGUCACUACCAGGAAGGUUCUUAAUGGACUCAAGAAAAGAGGAUAUGAUGUAUACCUAGUAGGAGGUUGUGUACGUGAUCUUGUUCUAAAGAAAACACCUAAGGACUUCGAUAUUAUAACUUCAGCUGGGCUAAAAGAGGUGACAAAAGUAUUUACCUGGUGUGAGAUAAUUGGCAAACGCUUCCCUAUAUGUCAUGUUCACAUGGAUGGUACCAUUAUUGAGGUGUCAAGUUUUAACACUGCUAGACGCAAGAAGGGUGUGGAAUUCUCUCAUCAUACAGAAACACCAAAUGGUUGUGAUGAGAAGGACUUUCUUCGGUGGAUGAACUGCUUAAACCGGGACUUCACAAUUAAUGGGUUGAUGCUUGACCCAUAUGCAAGAAUUGUAUAUGAUUACUUGGGAGGAAUAGAAGAUAUUAGAAAAGCUAAAGUUCGAACUAUAAAUCCUGCAGAUAUUUCAUUUCAGGAAGAUUGUGCUCGCAUUCUACGUGCAAUUAGAAUUGCUGCUCGCUUAGGAUUUAGUAUUUCUAAGGAAACAGCUCAUUUUAUUAAGAAUCUGUCUUGUUCAAUAUUAAAACUUGAUAAGUCUAGACUUCUGAUGGAAAUGAACUAUAUGCUAGCUUAUGGUUCUGGUGAAGCUUCUUUGAGGCUAUUAUGGAAGUACGGACUGCUAGAUAUACUUCUUCCCUUCCAGGCUGCCUAUUUUGCUCAUCAUGGAUUUCGACGGGGGGGCAAAAGAACCAAUAUGCUUUUGUCUCUCUUCUCCAAUUUAGAUAAGCUUUUCGCUCCAAACCGUCCAUGUCAUGGUAGCUUAUGGUUUGGGAUCCUAGCACUACAUAAAGCAUUGAGUGAUCGACCAAGGGACCCCUUGGUGGUUGCUACAUUUUGCCUUGCAGUCUACAAUGGUGGAAAUUUGUUGGAAGCAGUAAAGAUAGCAGGAAUGAUCAACAAGCCACAUGAUAUGAGAUUUCCUGAAUUAGUAGAUCCUUCUGGUAUGGAUGCAGAGGCAUUAGUAACUGGGGUUAAUGAUCUUGCAGAGUCUGUUAGAGGGACACUGUUGCAAAUGACUGAUGAACAUUUUGUGUCUCAAGCUAUGGCUGAUUAUCCUCAAGCCCCUCGUUCAUACCUAGUGGUUAUUCCAUUAGGAUUGUAUAUAAAAGCAUUCAGCAUUUUCGAAUGUGUAAAAAGGAGUGCUGGUAAGAAAUCCCUGUCAAAGCAAGGCAUGAAAAUUGAUUAUGAAGCCUUAGCUACUGGUAAUGUACAAGAAAUAAGACACGUUUUUGCAAGAAUUGUAUUUGAUACUGUGUUCCCGCUUCACCAAGAUCAGGAUCAGGCAUUAAUGAGUAGCCGGGUUUCACAGGGAGGCUAG